GUGGGGAUCACGUGAUGUAUGUAUGCGCGAAAAAGUUGCGCAGAAGCCUAAUCAUGAUUGGGAAAAUAAAUUUUAUUACUAACAAGCUGAUAAUUGAUCAAAACAUAAGAGAUGUAAAAAUUAUAAAAAACAAGAGCACAUUAAUGCUCGUUUGCACCGUAAUACAUAAGCAUUGCUUAAAGGCUAAGUAAUGCUUAAGUAGUGAAUUUGCGUUGCACCGUCAAGUAACCCGUUCUCAAAAUCAAUAAGACGUUCUCAAAUAUAAGUAUUUGAAAUCCAGUGCUUAAGUUGUUCUCAAGCGCAUACGUCAAAUAGACAUAACCGCACAUAACCUAUACGUUAAAAAAGUAAUAAAAUAAAAUAAUGGAUCUGCAAAUUUUCGACGACGAUUUAGAUGUUUUGGAAAUAAUUGAUUUUGGUUUUCCAAAAUUAAUAUACACAAGAUCCAAUUAUUUCCACGAAAUGGACGAAUAUAAUUUUUUUAAAAGAUUUCGUCUAACAAAACAAAGUUGUUUGUAUGUUCUACGACAAAUACAAGAAAUUAUAGAAUUUCCGUCUAAUAAAAACAACUGUGUGUCUCCAAUGAACCAGUUGCUAACAACCCUUAGAUUUUACGCUUCUGCUAGCCAUUUAACUAUUGUAGCUGAUUUUACCGGGAUGCAUACUUCAACAGCUAGUAGAAUUAUAUCGCGGGUAUCGCGUGCAAUUGCUAUGCUGAGACCGCAAUACAUAAAAAUGCCAAGUAAUACCGAAGAAAUUCUAGCAGUACAAAACCAGUUUUAUGGAAUAGCUGCAUUUCCCAGGAUUAUAGGUGCCAUUGAUUGCACGCACAUAAAAAUUCAGUCUCCUGGUGGCGAAGAUGCAGAAGUGUACAGGAACCGAAAAGGCUACUUUUCUUUUAAUGUACAAGUUAUUGUAAAUGCAAAUUUGGAAGCCAUGGAUAUUGUGGCAAGGUGGCCAGGAUCUGUUCACGAUUCAACUAUAUUUAAUAAUAGUCGGAUUAGAGCACGGUUAGAAAACGGAGAUUUCCAAAAUGGCAUAUUAUUAGGCGACAGCGGAUAUCCUCUGCGAGAGUAUUUUCUAACUCCAUUGGCAGAGUAUAAUUGA